AUAUAAUCGUUUUCAGAUCUAUACAAGGAGAUUUAUCGUUCUUUGCUUUGCGGAACUAUCACGUCAACGUUGUGGUUCAGUACGACAAAUAUUAGGUGCGGACACAGUUUCCUGGCAACAUUCAUCCUGGGCGAAGAGCUGCAGUGAGUGGAGGGAUGAGCCACUCUUCUGUGAUUGGUCAGGAUGCGCAGACGGCAAGCAAUGGUGUGGAUACCUCUGGCACUCCAAAGGCACCUGAUUGGUCAGGACCUCAUGGCUUUAACCCCCAAGAAAUAAAGUUCAUGGAUGAUCCCGAAUUUAUAGAGCAGGAUACUCACAAGGGGACACCUGUCCUGUCUGAGAUUCUCAAAAACACACCUUGCCACAUGGACUCGGUAUGUACGCACGCACAUCAAUCGAACACAGUUCUUGCAGAGACUCCACCCGCAGAUGAGUCUCCACACAUGACAUGCACCCAAUCCAUUGAGACAGAAUUAACACAAGCCCGCUCCAAAAGAGAUCUGGAAGAAUGGAGAGGAGAGGAGGAGGAGACAAACAGAGGUAAUGGAGAGAUGAACAACAUCUACAAGAAAGAAAUUGGGCAAAGGAAAGAGACUCUUAUAUCUGUUCAGCCAGUUGAAGCACUCUCAAAGAAACACCCUACCGCUUUCUCUGAAAUCCAGGAAUGGUCUAACUCCGAUUCAUCAUCAUCAUCCCUCCAGGACAAAAUCCAACCAAAUACUUCAGUUUCCCCUGAUGAGGCCCCUCCCCUCGUUCCAGCUCCUCCUCCUGAUCAGACCACACCCCCUCUGCUACCGGACAUUGACAGUUCACCGUGCCCUGCUCAUGUGAUGGCGGAGGUGCGCGUACGGUCUGUGCCAGAGCGAGAUCGUGUUGUGCGUGGCAUGCAGGACAGUAAAAGUCUUGAUGAGAUCAGUGGGGCAUGUGGGGGCGGGGCAAGAGGAGGCGGGACUAAAGGUGGGCAAGCAGAGGGACGCAGAGCAACCAUAUCUAGUGCCCUGGAACUGGAAGGAACUGUCAGCCAGGAAGGAGAUCUCACACACUUCAUUACCAAAAACCUUGAACAAAAGAUUAAAAUGAGUUCACGGCCAAGUCUCGACACAGAUUCAGACUGCUCGGGGCCGGUUGUACAUGAACGAGGAUCUCUGCGUCGGCCGGCUGAUAUUCCACCCAUUGACCCGUCAGUACUGGUGGACCUGCAUAAACACACACAGGAUGUUGCCCAAAGCGUUGAACUGAUGCUGCGAAGCCUCAAUGGAACCAUACAGAAUAUGACUGCGUUAAGUGUGGGUUAUAUCCAGACGUACAGAGACUCAGUGGACAGUUUGGGAGAGUCGGUGGACAUGAGUAUAAAGGGAAUGUACACACUCAUGGCGCGAUGUGAGGAGCUAGAUCGCUCCAUGCAACCUAUACAUGCUCUAGCUGCUCAGAUUAGGGACAUUAAAAGAACGCUUGAUGCACUGGAAACCAUCUGUAAGUAGCUAUUGCAACAGACAACACCCAUGGCCAGGGGAAGACUUCACCCCUUUGGAGAUAAGCUGCGGCUCCGCCCUCUGCUAUACUUUGCAAUGGAAUCAUUUUGCCAGUUGUAAUGUUUCCUUGCAAUGCUCUGCAAGUGCUCGUCCCCUUAGUGACAGCUUUCUUCCCCGUCCUUGUCCUUGGAGACCACAUCUGUAAGCACCUCCUUUUGUUGUGGCUCCUUGCCUGGGAAAACGGUAUUAGGUCCUUACACCCCCAACACCCUCCAGGUGACCACAGGGAAGGCCCUGUUAAUGAAGUGUGGUGUAGGUGGGUGUUUUGACAGACUGUGGCAUUUCCCGCUGUAACAUUCUCAAAUAUAAGACAUAGAUGUGUGUGUAACGUCAAUAUUUGCCGGAAUGAAAACAUUAACUUGAAGCCAUGCUCCGUGUGUACUUGUUCCUCAUGGAUGUCUUCGUUUCUGUAGGAUGGAUGCCAUGCAUCCCAGAUUUCACAGCCGUCAUUGUUAAGUUUUAAAACAGUUGUAUAGAAUCGUCUAGGGAAUUUUGGGCCCUUGAUUGCUGUGUGACGAGUUAUAAUAAAUGUGUGAUGCAUUAAAUGUUUGUCAUAAAACACCCCUCAAUUAAGAGAGGUAGGUGGAGAGAUAAUGAGAAGCAGGAUUUCUUUUUUUUUUUUUUGAAUGGUGAAAGUAAUCUUUACCUAUUUGAACUGUCCUGUCUUGCUAACUUAAACCCUGAUCUGUCAUUAAUGUGUAUUUUAAAUUAUAUCUACCACAAUAAAUUUGCUAGAAUGAUC